GCGUCGAUGUGUGCAGAGAUUCUACUUUAUUCUAUUUUUGAUGUGAAGCGUGCUAGCGAUGGGCUGUGAGGUUUUGUUAGGUUUUGCUAAGACGUUCUAUUGCUCUCGUAGUUUAAUUUGUUUGCUGUGAAGUCUCUAGUUUUUAUUGGUCAACAAGACGCCUUUCUUUCUUUCGAGGAAGCUUGUAGGCGUUCGCAAUAAGACACUUGUCGGAGUGUUUAAGUGUGAUCAUUUUCUUUUGUUUUUCUUUGGAACUCGAAGUUUUGGUUUAGUUCACCUUUUUCUUGAUUAGGUUUAUUUUCAUUCUCUGUUGUCUAAGUAACGAUCUCGACAUUUUCGUGUUGCCGCAGGUUAUCUCAUAGUUUUUCAUCGGGAGUGUGUUGGGGCUGUCAUCGGUUAUCAGGGCUGGUCUAAAGUGAUAGUGAAACUUAUUUCGGCGAACUAGAUACAGAGGAGUUUGAUGGUCUGAAUUUUAUUUUGUUUUGGAGGAAAGUAAUUUAUACGGUAUAUGUGGUCGCCAUAGCCAGCACGAUGUAACCCUGGGCCUUUUUGUGGCCGUCCUCGGACGUGCUGUACUAGUACUUUUUCGCUUGCCAUUUUCCGCUUAGAGAUUGUCUUCAACGAAUUCUGUUUUCGGAAGUCGGCAGGCUUAUCCAGCGCUUUUAUCAAGUUGUGGUCCUUGUCUUCAGAAUGACACUUGCUACCACUUUCAGGGAUAUGGCGGCAGGGAAACAGAAAAUGCCUGCAGCGUCACAAGUUUCUCCACUUCUUGUGCCGAUGGUACAUACUGCAUAUUAUCCUGACCAGUGCAAUGAAGAGUUUGAUUUUUCUGACGUCUUUGGGCCUGUACCACCUCAUCCUACUUCCCCGCUGCCCGCUGUUGCUGAGGAUGGGGAGACAAUUGACUGGAGCCUUGAGCUUCGCCAAGAUCCUGUGGUUGUCUAUUCUCGAUCUCAUUCUCUGGUUGGACCAUCUCCAAAACCCAGCUUAACGAGAUUACAGAGCAAACCCGUGUGGGACGAGCAAGACUCUCUCUCACUUGUCAGGGUUGCGAGUGAUUCUCCUACUGUUCAUGAGGUUGGUGAACUCACAUCCAAGGUGACAGAGCAAGCACUUAGUGAUUCCGGGGGCAGUGGAAGUGAGCUAGAAGGUGACAAUCAUUUGCAGAAGGAUUUUGUGAAUGGUAUCGGAACGGAGAAGUUGGGUCCUCAGGAUUUUGAACUCCUUAGAGUCGUUGGUCAGGGUGCAUUUGGUAAAGUAUUUCAGGUUCAAAAGAAGGGCACCUCAGAAAUUUACGCUAUGAAGGUUAUGAGAAAGGAAAAGAUCAUAGAGCGAAACCAUGGGGACUAUAUGAAGGCAGAAAGGGACAUCCUCACUAAAGUGGUUCAUCCCUUUAUUGUACAGCUGCAAUACUCGUUUCAGACACAGUCCAAACUUUACUUGGUUCUUGACUUUAUUAAUGGUGGACAUCUUUUCUUUCAACUGUAUCGUCAAGGCACCUUCAACGAGGAUUUGGCCCGCAUGUAUACUGCGGAGAUAGUGCUGGCUGUUGCACACCUCCAUAAGAAUGGAAUCAUUCAUCGAGACCUGAAACCUGAAAACAUUCUUCUCGAUGGCGACGGCUAUGUUAUGCUUACCGACUUUGGGCUAGCUAAGGAGGUGAAGGAAGAUAGUCAUUCAAACUCCCUUUGUGGUACAAUGGAAUAUAUGGCACCUGAGAUCAUUCUCUCAAAAGGACAUGGUAAACCAGCUGAUUGGUGGAGUGUUGGUAUCUUACUUUAUGAGAUGCUCACUGGUCAGCCUCCAUUUGCACAUAAAAACAAGCAGAAGCUGCAGCAGAAGAUCAUCAAAGACAAGAUCAAGUUACCAACGUACUUGACUGCGGAUGCAAAUAACCUGCUGAAAGGGCUUUUGCAGAAAGAUCCUAGUAAGCGACUAGGGAAUGGACCCACUGGGAGCGAGGAUAUUAAGCAGAACAAGUGGUUUAAAGGUAUUAAUUGGCGCAAGCUUGAAGCACGCCAAGUAACUCCUAAGUUCCUUCCUGCCGUUAAUGGCAAGCAGUGUACUGCGAACUUUGAUGAGGCGUGGACAACGUUGCCUCUCGAUGAUUCUCCAGUCGGGACACCCAAGUCUGGUGACCGUGAUUUCUUUCGGGGUUACACGUACGUGGCCCCCAAUGUGUGGCUCAAGAGUGGGGAAUCCUCAUAAUCCACAACCGAGGCUGUUUGCUUAAGGCUAGCAGUUAGCACCUCCUGUAAUUUAUGGCACUAGGAUCGGGUCAAUGUGGUUUUUGUUCUACUCUGCGAUGACCCAUCCCCCUUCACAGUUUACAUAGAUUUGAAAAAAUGGGACUUUUACCAGUCUUUUAUCUGGGGAUUCGUCAAGCUCUGGCUCCCCCAUCUGAUUGAGGCAACUUUUUGAUUGUGAUACCAUAAUACUCAAGCAUUCUGAAAAGCCACUCCUUACCCUUGUAAUGCAGAGGUGUUCUGUGUGAACAGAGUUCCAUGCUCAAGGGUUUUUACCACAGCUGCAAAUCCCUCUUACUACAGUUUCAGAGCCCUCUGACCAAAAGCUGACUAGGAGAGAUUUCCGAAGGCCUUUUUGAGACCCCGCUUUGACCCUCUGAUCAAAUGUUAAGAGGAGAGAACGCACCCGGUCGCUUUGAGUCCCUGAUGACCGUAACCGGAGGCCUACUUGAGACCACGUUGACUACACCCGAGGAAAAAUCGCAUCAGGCCGCUUUGAGACUCUGUUGAAGACAGCUGCAGAAAAGAGAUCGCAUAAGGCCCACAUUGACCCUCUUAUCAAAUGUUAAGGGGAGAAAUCGCAUCAGGCCGCUUUGAGUCCCCGAAGACCGUAGCCGAAGUGGAGUGAACACAGGAGGCCUUUUUGAGACACCGUUGAUCACAGCCGAAGAGGAGAGAUUGCACCAGGCCGCUUUGAGUCCCCAAUGACCAUAGCCGAAGAGAGAGAACGUAGGAGGCCUUUUUGAGACACCGUUGACCACAGCUGAAGAGCCCUCUCACGACCGCUGAAGAGACAAAAGGGGUGGUCGCUUUGAGGUCCUUGGUGUCGUACGCUAGAAAUCAGAGCCUUAUGCUGAUAGAGUUUAUGGUGUAAGUAAUGAUUGUCAAGACUUUGAGAAACGCCUCUCCUCUUUGUCAUGCCCGCAAACACUUGCAGCAGUGUAAGUGUGUGAGCUGAAGCUUCGAACCCUGGCGGAAGUCCCUCCCCCCGGAUUCGAGUUCGUUGCGGCAGACCUGCACGGGGUUCAUGUAUCCUAGUUGAUUUAGCAGAUCUUCAGUUUAGUGAGUUGGGGUUGCACCAGUAUUGGGCAAGCUUGGAGAGCUGCACAUGCAACGUGAACUGCAGGGUUGAUCCGCCACAAUGAGCUCAAGUCCGCUGCGAUCAGUUCUCUUCCUAGAACCCAGUUUGACCUUCCAGCCUGAUGAGAUCGACAAUCUCUUCUACGGAGGCCCUCCAGCGCCUCGUCAACAUGCGCCUGAAGUUCGGGUAGAAGUUGAGCUCCACCAGGCCAAUGCUGCUGCUGUUGCACCCGCCAUUGACCCACCACCCCGACCUCCAUGACGAGGAUUCUGAGUUCGAUUUGCCUGUGCAUGCUGCUGCGUAUGAAGUACCUGAGCUCGGUUCGGAACUUCAGCAAAAGUUUACUCAAUGUGUUUGUUGGAGUAGGUUAUAGCUUGAUGUGUUCAGCGAUCCAUGUUGAUACUUCUGUUGGCAAUGUUACAACUGUGAUUCCAUUUGAAACUAGUCCUGUAAUCACUUUGACCAGAAUCCAGUUAGCUUUCACAGCUUUACACAUUCUCCCUGUCUCUUCUUUUUAUUGAAUCUGAACGUAGUGUUUACUUCUAA